AUGAGAAUUACUAACGUAAGACGUGGAAGAAUUUAUCGUGUGGUUAGCUUAUGCGCAAUUCUAGUAAUGGUAUUGUAUGCUCUUCAUAAAUACGUUCAAGCGAACGUUUCAAGUGAUUCUGAUGAGAUAUUGGAUAUAAAUUCUGCUGCUGGGUAUUACAAAUCUCACAAGAAUGUAUACCCCACUUUAAAAACGGAGCUAGGAAAUUUUGAGCCUAAAAUAAAGAAGAAUGUGAAAGGGCCUGGUGAGGGUGGGGAGCCCUAUCACAUGUCUCAGGACAGGGCAAACGACAUUGCCGAGUCUGAGAGUGACUAUGGGAUGAAUAUUGCUGCAUCGGAUGAUAUAGCAAUGAACCGAACUGUACCUGAUACAAGAUUGGAUGAGUGUAAAUAUUGGCAUUAUCCUGAAGAAUUGCCAUCAACCUCAGUCAUUAUAGUGUUCCAUAAUGAAGGCUUCUCUGUUCUUAUGAGAACGGUUCACUCAGUAAUAGACCGCUCUCCACCAAAUAUUCUUCAUGAAAUUGUAUUGGUUGAUGAUUUCUCUGACAAAGACAAUUUAAAACUGAACCUGGAGGUCUACAUCAGACGUUGGAAUGGUAAAGUGCGUUUGAUUAGAAAUUCCCAAAGAGAGGGGCUGAUUAGAACUAGAUCUAGGGGUGCACAAGAAGCCACAGGUGAUGUCAUCGUAUUUCUGGAUGCACAUUGUGAAGUGAAUGUCAACUGGCUACCUCCAUUACUAGCCCCUAUAUACAGAGACUAUAGAAUUAUGACCGUACCCGUCAUAGAUGGUGUAGACCACAGGACCUUUGAAUAUAGACCUGUCUACCAACACGGCACUAAUUACAGAGGAAUAUUUGAGUGGGGUAUGUUGUAUAAAGAAAAUGAAGUACCAGACAGAGAAGCGAGUCUUCACAAACAUAAGUCUGAACCAUAUAAAAGUCCGACUCACGCUGGGGGUCUUUUCGCAAUUAACAGAAGGUAUUUCCUCGAAAUUGGAGCAUAUGAUCCAGGAUUGCUGGUAUGGGGAGGAGAGAAUUUCGAAUUGAGUUUCAAAAUAUGGCAGUGCGGGGGAAGCAUCGAAUGGGUACCGUGCUCGAGGGUGGGUCACGUGUAUCGGGCGUUCAUGCCUUACUCCUUCGGAAACUUAGCGAAGAACCGGAAAGGAUCGCUAAUCACAAUAAACUACAAAAGAGUCAUAGAAACCUGGUUUGAUGAGGAACAUAAAGAAUACUUCUACACGAGAGAGCCCAUGGCCAGGUUUUUGGAUAUGGGCGAUAUAACUGACCAAAUUGCUUUAAGAGAUAAGUUGAAGUGCAAAAGCUUCAGCUGGUUUAUGGAGAAUGUGGCGUACGACGUGUACGACAAGUUCCCGAGGUUGCCGAAGAAUACACAUUGGGGCAUGGUCAAAAAUAAGGCCACAGGUGUUUGUUUGGAUACUAUGGGGAAAGCGGCUCCUGCUUAUAUAGGUACAUCCUCCUGCCACGGCGCCGGUAAUAACCAAUUAUUCAGGUUAAACGAAGCCGGUCAAUUAGGUGUCGGGGAGAGAUGUGUGGAAGCCGACUCGGACAGUGUCAAACAGGCCAUUUGCAGACUCGGCACUGUCGACGGGCCUUGGAGAUACACCGAAGAACAUAAGCAAAUAGUGCAUCGCCUGCACGGCCACUGCCUCACCCUUCAGCCGCACUCGCGGACUCUGGGGCUGGCUCCUUGCGACGACAACAACACCUAUCAACAAUGGACCAUCUCUCACAAGAAACCCAACUGGUGA